UACCCCCAGCCGCAGGCAGAGCCCGUUUCCUGUGUGGGUAACCAGCAGAGCCGAGUCUGUGGGACAGGACAGGACAACUCACUCCACAGUUCCUCCAUGUUCCCGGCCCGCUAAACCACCGGACACUCGGCACAACAUGGGCGGGAGGGGGCCCGCUCCGGCCCCGUACGUUCUGCUGGGGCUCACGGUGCUCCUGUGCUCCAGCGACCCGGCCACAGCGGCAGGCCCAACGAACGCUGCGUGCGGGCUGAACUACCGGCCCUGCAGCGCGUCCAGCAGCCGCACGGUGGUGUGCGUGCACGCGCAGUACGUGUGUGACGGCACGGCGGACUGUCCCACUGGCGAGGACGAGCAGGGGUGCACAGCCGACAGACAGACUACGCCUCAGUAUGACCCCAUCGACAACUGUCCACCCUCGCGCCAAGCAGUGUCGCUGCCGAACUGGGCCAUCGCCACCAUCAACUUCCUCGGCUUCCCCGUCACCGUGGCCUUCAUCCUCUUCUUCAAGUGGCUCUUCUGUCUAGGCAGAAAAAAGGCGGGAACCGACGCGUCGCCAUGGUGCGGUUGCUGUGGCAAUGGCGGGGACGGACCCGCUUCAGACGACACUUCUGCGGUUGUCAUGGAAGCAGGGAACUCUGUGUUCUCAGCUUCACCGGAUGUAGUGGGCUACCGGCCCGGAAAUGACGUCACGAACUUACCGAGGCGACAGUCGGACCCACCCCCGGAUUACAGCACGGUGGUUUCGCCCACAGAACCUCAACAAACGUCAUAGCAAUAAAACUACAUAUAUAGAAGUGUAUCUCGUAAUCUCCAGGCAGAUUUUGUGGUGAAGGUUUGUUUCCUUUUAAUACAGCCUCCUGAACCUUUAUGCCAGCGAUAGACCGACUCAUUGGUCAAAAUUAGAAUUCAAACAACUCAUU